AUGAGUCGCUUGAAUCUAGAUACCUCGGUCGGGGGCAAUCAGAACCGCUAUUCCUUCAUGGAAACGCCGCUUGAGAUGAACCCGUCCUCUCAACUACCAGGCCGACCCUCACCGUCAGACUCAAGAACACCCCAGCCGACGCAGCAUCAAAAUUUCUCAUCGCCGACGCAAAAUGAAAAGACCCAGUAUCUUCAGCACCAAGGGAUACUGCCGGAUUAUGCAAAUUGCCCACCUGCCGAGCAACAUCCCGCGAAUUAUGCACCCUUGGCCAAUAUACCCGCGCAGCAUGAAAACAACGCAUCGCCUUCCAAUGCGAUCGCGCCAAGAGCACAGCAGGAACCUUCAAUUGUCACCCAAUAUGCGACCGCACCUGCGAAUCAGGAUUACAGCGCACAAAUUGCUUUGCAGUCAUACACCAACCAUUCAUACCAGAGCCUGCAUCACCAUGCGGUCUCUCCGCAGCAAUAUGCCACCCAAUCAUACACAAAUAUACCAGGGCAACAGCAAGAAACAAUGUCACAGCAAGCAUAUGCCGAUAUCUCCGCGCAACAUCGUGGGACUCCACUAUCCGCACAGCCCUAUGCGUACUCGCACCCGCAGUCCUAUACAACCCUUCCCGAACAAGAACCGCGCGGGACCCAACUAUCACCGCAACCAUACACAUACACCGCACCGCCAGUGUCGCCACCCAGUUCUCCAGGGCCGCUCCCACUGAAGGUCCGGCCCGAUGUACCUCGCAGCAACACGAUGGACAUCGUACCAGACGCCAACCCCCUCCAAUCACCUAAACUGACAUACUUCCCUCCACCCACAAGGGCGGCAACGGCCCCAGAAGACCUCAGUGCCUUUCACAACCCAGGCCAAACAACCCACCCAAACCAAGAAGCAACCGGUGGAGGCUGGAGCAACGGACUCUGCGAGCUUUCCAACUUGGGGAUUUGCUGCCUAGGCCUCUUCUGUCCGUGUGUACUAUACGGAAGGACGCAACACCGCCUUUCGAUGAAAUCCCGAAAAGAAGACCCCACAAACAUGCUCGGUUACGAGACUUGCAACGGCUCCUGCACAGGAAUGGGUCUGUUGUGCGGGUGUCAAUGGCUCAUGGCGACGAUCCAACACACCCGAGUAAGGAAGGCGUACAAAAUCCAAGGCAGCGUUGCAUCGGAUUGUGUACGUGCCUCUUGCUGUACUUGUUGUACGUUGAUUCAGGAUGAGAAAGAGGUCCAAAAACGUGAGGACCUGCGCGCUCGAGCGGCCAGGGAGCGUGGAACCACCCUCUUCUCACCUUAUACUACCCCUGGGCCAAUGUCAUAUGGCCCUACGGAGUGA